GGGGGUUAGAAAUAGUCUGUUAUCCAGAUGUUUACAAUUUCCCAAUAGAACACACACGUAUCUAUUCAAAUUUUGGAAAGUAGACUCCGCUAUUUAAUUACAGUGACACCUGGAUAUAGAACAAAUAACCAUAUUUUGAUGAUUGCACGGGAUUUGUACAAAUAUUUGAUCAAGCGUCCCAUGAAGGAUACAAUUAAAUCCUUAUGCUGACAAAAUCAAAUGUUCCUUAAUAAAGCAAUCACAAUGGAUUUGUUUGUUUGGUGCUUGAGACCUGUAGCUUUUAACCGUCCCAAGCAACUUAAAAAGGGGGGCUUUAUGGAGUUGAAUGCCGAUUGUAUCUUUCCGUCUAUGAGGGUGUUUGGUUUGUCAACUUAAAUAGUUAUAUACGAUGAUAAGAACUGAACCUUAAACAUGGCAUAGAUAAGCGAUGUUCACAACACAAUACGACAAUAUCACAAUGCCUCUUUUAAGGACAGAUGCUAAGGCGACCGGACUGCGAUAACUGUGUUUUGGAGUGUGUUUUUAAUGGAUUCGAGUGAGGAAAAAAAUUAAUCUUACUGGAUAACGUACAUCUCAAAUUCAGAGAAAUGGCUGCACAACAGAGAAAGAAAAAAGAAAAGGAAACCAGGACUUUGAAGGAAGAUGCUUUUAUUCAGAAAUAUAAUUUGGAAUUGCUCAAGUGUAUCGAUGACAUGAAAGUGAAAAGAGAUGGAGUUCAUAGGGAUAUCUUAUCGCUUUCGGAUGAACAACGAAAGUUAGAGGGCGACAUUCUUCAGCUGACGUCACAGAUUGCUCGUGUGAAUGAGAGUUUGUGCAAAAAGAUGAAACAACAAGUGGAAUGUGAUGAAUUGCUUAAAGAAUACGACGAGGCUUUUCACAGACUUCUAUACGGACAACAGACGUUACUCGCUAACGUCAAACGAGCGGUGAAUACUGUCGCGCCUAGCGUGAUUCUGGAGGAAAGCGAAGUCGCGUCACUUUCCUCACGCCAAGCCGCGCGCUCCUCAAGGAUGAGUUUUAGCACGAGAGGAGAAACGAGAGCAGACGGACGUAAAGAUUCUACACGAGAAUCGCGGACCGACGUAAGCCAUCAAGAUUCGCGAACAAAUUCCUCUAUACAGUGAUGUAUAAAAAUUUCGAUUUCAUGUACAUAUUUACAGAUAAAUAGUACAACAAGAUUGACACUUUCAGGCGUCCAUUUUCAUGGAUGUUGGUUUGGUGAUGGAUAGCAUUUUGUACAAACAUUUACACAUACCGCAGAAAGUCAUUAUGGUUGAGCCUUAACCUCGAUCACUAAUGGCUCCGCCUUUGAUUUUGUGUGUAUUAGUGUUGUAAUUCUGUUAUGACAUGGAAAUAAUUUUUAAAAAAAGGAACCGACCCGCCUAUCUGGAAUAUCAACACAAUGAGUCACAGCACUAUUUAUCAGUAGGAUGUUACAUGUUCAAAAUAAAAGAUACAAAAGUAAAA